GUUGGGUUCAACUGUGACCUUGUAGAAAUUCGCUCUCUUCGACGGCAAGGUCGACCCGAGAAACCACGAGACGUUUCCGCUCGGCGUAAUUAUCGGUCCGCUCGGACAACGAAAAGGGAGCACCGCGAAAGAAGGGAAGUGAAAGUGCGAUUAUUAUUAGUGGAGCAUCAAACUGUCAGAUCGAUGACUAUCCCCUCGUUUGUUAUGUGCGCGAAUCAAACGUUCCGUCCUUCCGACGUCUAAUUUCUUUUUCAUUAUAGGAAAUGCGUUUUUCUAAGGUUACCAUAGUAUUGAUAAUCGGUCUGUGCUUGACUGAAGCUUCGGGCAAGGCUGUAGAUGACGUUACCACUUCACCGAAUGCAGACGAUAUUGACGAUACAGAGAAAGAAGAAUUAGGAGAUGAAGAUUUACCGAUUUUGCCACCGAUUAUUUUACUCGACUUCGGCAACGGUACAGACGACGAAAAUACGACUUCUGAAGAAAAAUCGAAACGCACGGUGAACGGCGGUCUUGGUUACGGCCUAGACAACAACAACCUCCAACACACACCCAGAAGAUACAAUUACUAUUUCCCAGCGGGUAAAUCAGGCACUACGGUCAGCAUCGAGGAAUCGAUCAGUCCUUUCCUGCCUAAAACGAUAAUCGAAAGAGUGCAGCCAAACCGAUUCAGUCACUCCCCGAAUGUCAAUACUCAGACCCAUAAUCAAGAGUAUCAAUAUCAAAAUGUACAAUCGAAAUCUGAAUCAGUGUUCGGGUUGCGAACGAAGCCGCAGAAGCCGAGUCCGAAUUUCGAGUACCAAAGCUACUUAACGACGCCGAAGCCGGUGAGCUCGUUCGCGAUUCAGAAUUCGGGGUACGGCAGCACGACGCAAUCACCUUUGUCCUUCGGUGCCACGGAAACGGUCAGGUACGUAACGCCCAGCCCGAAGUUCGCGAGUUCGUUCAACUACGACGGUUACGCCACCGGGCAGAGGCAGAAUAUUCAAUCCGAUGUCGAUUCGCACGGCUUCCCGUCCGCCUCGCGGACCGCCGAAUCCUCGACGAUCGGUCCGGCGAACUACGAUCAUUAUUACCAAAGCGAACUCUCGAACGGACCGAGGUACACGUAUGAAAACGGGGUCAGUUACGAGAACAAAGUGUUCUGGAAAUACCCAGACGGCAGGGUGUCCGACGUGCCGCCUCAAACGUACGUCGAGACUAGCUAUUCGGACUAUCCGCAAUCGUCGGCUCAGCAAUCCGUGAGAUCCCAGACCACGCGGCCGAUUUACGAGGCCAGCACUACGGAAAAUACGGUUCUGUCCCAGGGACCGGUGCAAUUUCCCACGGUUUCCGAGCAGGCCGAGGGCGAGCCAAACUCAUUCGUUUCCGGAGACUCGCUGUCGUCGAGCUUACCACAGCAACAAGUGUAUCGGCUCGGUUAUCAGGGUCUACUGAACCAGAAGCAGAACAACGUUGCACAGCAACGAAAACCUGGCACUGGCCAGCAGGCCAGCCAUUCGUUCUCCCGAGGUAGAGGAACACAGGGCUCGAAGAGCAGCUACCAUUCACGGUAUCAAACGUUAUCAAAAUAUAUGGUGAACAGUCCCAACCCGGAGUAUAAGGGUAGAUACACGACGGAGCCGACCGUUAACGCUACGACGCCUCUCAAUUCGUUCUACGGUUCCGAGGUACGAAAUUAUUUGGACGAGAAGCAAAGCUCGAAGACUAAUGGUUUAAAUAGCUACUCGAAUCUACAGUACUCCGACCUAUUGAGUUACAAUCCGUCGAUCUCGGAAUACGUUAGAAAUCCGUCGUCGAUUCUGAACGUCCGACCGACUUUCGUCCAAGCCGGAAACUCGCUGGUACCAGUGAUCAUACUGAGAGUAGACAGCGCAUCCCCGAUUCAGCCGAAAGCCUCGCAGAACAUUAAUCUGAAAGCGCUGCUCCAGCAGUAUCUCAUUCAGUACGCUAAAAGCAUCCAAGAAUUGGCGCAACCUUCCACCUACAAUCUUGGAACGGAGCCGAACUCGAAGGUUACCCAGAGCCCCAUUCUGGACUUGAUUCGCUUGACUCAGGACGACGCGCGUCCGGCGGCCAGCUAUAAUUCAAAUUCCUACGUCGGCCAGUCGAGCUACGAGGCUAGUAAUAUCGAUCAGACGAAGGAUUUCCUCGGCCAGUACAAUCAGCGGCCUCGUCAGAAAGUGAAGAACGUUCAGAUUUUGGAGGAUCCGAGAUACACGUCGUACAAAAUUAACAAUUAGAUUCGAUUCGAAUAGAAUAGGCUAAUUGAUCAUCGCAAAUAUUUUGUGGGCUCGCAUAUGUACAGGAUUUUUCAAUGUAUGAAAUACUCCUCUGAAACAAUUUUAUAGCAAUAAGAGCCCUUUAAUUGUUUCUCACUAGAAUUCAAAUGAUUUUAUGUCGUAUAAAAAAAUGGACUGAUUUGCAUGAACGCGAUUCCUAGCUCGUCUUAAGUGGAACGAGUCACGUUAAUUAGAUUAAAGAUAGUCAUUCGGUAGUAUUUAAUACGGGGGACGUGCAAUAAAGUUUCAUCGCUUUGAAACUGUACUUACGAUUCACCAAAUUCUCCACUUCAAGAAGGUACCUUAUAAGUGUUAAGAAUUUUCUUAUUGUACAAUGCAUUUCCUAAAUAUAUGUACUCAUUCGUGAAUGAAUAA